UGCCGCUGUGGCUGUGGUAAAGAUGGCGUGUUCCGCGGCUCGCAGCUCCGCACGCUGGAUCACAGUGGCCGCGUCCUCCUGCCACACACGAGCCUGUCCAGCCCUCAUCUCCUGCCCGAAUGGAGCCUACAGGAGCUUCUCAAAGCUGUCAGGCCGGCCGAUGUGGACGUCAGGCGGCAUGAUUGGAGGGAGAGACGGGACUGCGGUGACAUUGAGAGGCAUGACAGGUAUGGGCCCAUCUCACAUCAUCUGUAAGCUGUCGUUCCACACCAGUACUCCUGUUAAUAAACAAGACUUCUACCAGAUUCUGGGAGUUCCUCGCACAGCCACACAGAAGGAAAUUAAGAAAGCUUAUUACCAGAUGGCAAAGAAAUAUCAUCCAGACACUAACAAAGAGGACCCACAAGCCAAGGAGAAGUUUGCACAGCUAGCAGAGGCCUACGAGGUGCUCAGCGAUGAGGUGAAGAGGAAGCAGUACGACACGUACGGUUCUGCCGGGUUUGACGCGGGUCAGGCUGGGGCCGGUCAUCAGCACUACUGGAGCGGAGGAGCGAGCAUUGACCCAGAGGAGCUUUUCCGCAAGAUCUUUGGAGAGUUUUCUGGAGCGCAAGGCUUCGGGGAUUUUAACGCCAUCUUCGAUCAACCGCAAGAGUAUGUUAUGGAGUUGACGUUCGCUCAGGCUGCCAAAGGUGUGAAUAAGGAAAUUAUGGUGAACAUCGAGGGCACCUGCCAGCGCUGUGACGGCAGAGGACACGAGCCGGGAUCUAAAGUCCAGCAUUGCGGCAACUGCAACGGGACGGGCAUGGAGACCAUGAACACGGGGCCGUUUGUGAUGCGCUCUCCUUGUCGGCGCUGUGGUGGUCGGGGUUCGGUCAUUACCUCGCCCUGUACAGUGUGUCGAGGGACAGGUCAGACCAAACAAAGGAGGACCGUCACAGUGCCGGUACCUGCGGGUAUUGAGGACGGACAGACGGUCAGAAUGCCGGUGGGGAAGAAAGAGAUCUUCAUUACAUUCAGAGUCCAGAAGAGUCCGAUCUUCAGAAGAGACGGUGCUGAUAUCCAUUCUGACGUCAUGAUUUCUGUAGCUCAGGCCAUACUGGGCGGCACGGUCCGAGCGCAAGGAUUAUACGAGACUGUCAACCUUUCUAUCCCAGCUGGAAUCCAGUCCGACCAGAGGAUCCGGUUGUCCGGGAAAGGAAUCCCGCGGGUCAGCGGCUACGGUUACGGCGACCACUACGUCCACGUCAAGAUCAAAAUUCCCAAGAUGUUGACAGACAGACAGCGAGCGCUCUUGAUGAGCUAUGCAGAGGACGAAACAGACGUGGAGGGAACCGUCAGUGGGGUGACCAGCACCACUGCAGGUAAAAGAUCCACUGGAAAUUGAAAGACUUAGCCUUGCUAGUGUAGAUUCCGGUUAACUGCCUGAAGACUAAGUGAACAUACAGACAGGACAACAAGAGAAGGAACAGAGACUUCUGCUGUGGAUGAGUGAUGUGUCGAGCUCACCCCCUCAGAAACUAAAUGUGGAUGUGAACUAAACUAUGAGGAGAUCUUAUUAUUGACUUGAUUCCAGAGGAAUACGAACCAUAUGAACUACAAUAUAUCUUUGGUCCAUUUGUAACGUUAAAAGUUAUUACUAGUUAUAAUUUUUUUGUUAUGAUUUAGAAAUACAGAUUCUGAUUCUUGAACAGAAGAUUCCCAGAUCGUACACGUACAUCUCCGAGAUGUCUGUAUUAGAUCUUUUCAUCUGGAAAGCAUCACAAUCUAAUCAACAUCUGCUAAACAUCUUAAAAAGAUCAGAUUUACAAACAUUCUAAAUCAUAAACAUCUCUAAGACAUCUGCUGAAUGUCUUAUUGACAUUGUUUAUGAUUAAGAAAGUGUCUAAAUCUGAUCUUUUUAAAACGUUUAGCAGAUGUAAUUGGAUUGUGAUGCUUUCCAGAUGAAAAGAUCUAAAACAGACAUCUCGGAGAUGUACGUGUGCUAUCAGGGAUCCCUUUGAAUUCUUUAUGGCCAUUUCAGUAGGUGCUAACAUGUAUGAGCAGAAAGUGUCUCUGUUGUCAUGAGUGCCUAUAGAUUACUGCUAAUAAUGCAGAUAUCUAGGGCCAGCUAAUACUUGCUUCUUUUUAUGUUAGUUCUUGAUCUACCGUCAGCCCGUACCACUUCUUUUCCAAACCUGUGAUCAUGCUACAUGCAUUCAAUGCAAAACAGCACUCUUACCAUUACAUUAAAUCAGUCUGCCUCAUUAGCACUGUACAUAGACAGCCGUUGAUAUUAAAACUCUUUUAAUAUGUUAUUGUAGAAAGUACAUAUUCAAUAAUGAAUAAAAUGAUUUGUGUGA